AUGCUCAGCAGCGAUGAGUUUGGAGGGAGCAAGGUGACCCUUUCAACGUUAAUGCACUUGCUGCGCUUCAUCUCCCAGAAGGGACUGCGGAGCGCCUUUGGCAGGGAGAGCGAGGCCUUCUACGCGGAAUCCUGCACAGAGGCCGACUUGGCAGGCUACCGCGAUCUUUUCCGAAAGCUGCGGAGCUCGGAAAAACCUGCGGAUGCAGAGACUUCUGGCUCCAGUUCCAAGUUCCGAGGGAAGUCGGAGUCGGGUCUCACGGUCCCGCUCCUGACGCAACCUGCAUCCCAUAACGGGAAGCGCCGCAUACGGAAGUGCAACACUGGGCUGCAGGAGGAGUACCCAGUGGUCGUGCAGAAGAUCAGGUCAGCUUUGGCAGUGCCGAGUUCGGUGCAACAGGUCUCAGGUGCAGUUGUCAUGAAAUUUCUUCGGCGCCUGGGACACCGGUGUGGGGGCGGUGAUCAGCUGUCUCCGCAGCAGCAGGCCGAGCUGUGGAAAAAAGUCGAGGAGCUCAGCGCGAGCCUCAGAGAAAGGUUCCGGGGCCUUGGGAGGUUGAAGCCUGAUUGCUUCGCGCGUAUGUAG